CCGGGCGGGGGGCGCCGCCGCCGCUGCCGCUCCUGCCGCCGCCCCUCGCCGCGCCCGGUAACGACCCCGACGGCCCGGGGGAGAAGAUGGCGGAGAGGCUGGAAUGGGUGGAAAUCAUCGAGCCUCGGACGCGGGAGCGCAUGUACGCCAACCUGAUCACGGGGGAGUGCGUCUGGGACCCCCCUGCCGGCGUCCGCAUCAAGCGCACCAACGAGAACCAGUGGUGGGAGCUCUUUGACCCGAACACCUCGCGCUUCUACUACUACAAUGCCACCACCCAGCGGACGGUGUGGCACCGCCCGCAGAACUGCGACAUCAUCCCCCUGGCCAAGCUCCAGACCCUGAAGCAAAACACCGAAUCUCCCCGGGCCUCCACCGAGAACAGCCCCGGGCGCAGCAGCAAUGUCAGCCGGGAAGGCAGCACCAGCUCCUCCCUGGAGCAGGAGUUGGAGGGCGGGGAGAAAGCGCCAGAGCAGAACCGGCCCAACCGCCAGCCGUCCCAGUUCGCCACGGUCAAAGAAGAAACAGAAAGUUCCUCACCUCCUGGAGUUUUUGAGAAGGAAUAUGAGAUCUAUCGAGAUUACAGCCCUGAAGGGCAGCGUCUCCACUACAGGGCCUCGUCUCUCCGGUGGAACACAGGGACUAAGGAGCGGAUGCUCAUCAAGGUGACGGACCGCGAGCCCAGCUUCCUCAUGCACCAGGGCAACGGCUACACCCUCGACAACCAGCAGGGCACCCGAUCGCGUAGGCCGUCGGGCGGCCAGCCGUCCCCCAACCUUCAGACGUUUGCCCCCGAAUCGGACAACUCGGUCUUCUUCCCCGAGAGGAAGCAGUCGCCCUUCCUGAAACGGGCCGACCACAUGGGCAGCUGCUCCCCGCUGCUGGGUCGGGGCGAGUCGUUCUGCUCCCCGCUCCAGGCCCAGCACCGGAAACACUCCAGUGAGUCCCAGCCCUCCUCCCCGCGGUACGCCUACGAGCCCCCCUUGUACGAGGAGCCCCCCAUGGAAUACCAGGCCCCCAUCUACGACGAGCCCCCCGUGGACAUGCAGUUCGAGGCCAGCGGCAGCUACAAAGCCGGCUCGCCGCAGAAGUCGCCCAUCCGCAAGCCCCACCCUUUCCUGCAGUCGCCCAAGCAGGGCUCCAACUCCCCUUACCAGCAGCUGGUGCUGACCAAGCAGAAGGCCCCCGACCGCUUCAUGAGCCUGGAGUACAGCCCCGCCGGCAAGGAGUACGUCAGGCAGCUCGUCUACGUCGAGCAGUCCGGCUCCAGCCCCAAGAUGAAGACCGGCCUCCGGCACAAGUAUUCCCCCAACCCCAUCGGCGGCUCCUACUCGCUCCAGCACAGCCCGUGCCUGAUGAGGGAGCAGCGCCUGGAGGUCAAAUCCGGGGACUACAGCAGCAUGGAAGGGGCCGACUUCCGGCACAGCCCGCCCGUCAGCCAGGCCUCGCAGGGCGAAGACUCCAUGUCGUGGUCCAGCCAGCAGAACACGAUGUCCUCCACGGGUUACUCCCCGGGCACCCGCAAACGGAAGAGUCGGAAGCCUUCCCUCUCGUACGACCCGAACGCCUCCUCCACCGACGGCUCCGGGGAGCGGGAGGAAGGGCUGCCCGAGGAGCGGCCGCCCUCCAGUUGCAACAGGCCCCAGAUGAGCCGCAUGGAGAGUAGGUCCGUGGAGGCCGAACCCACGCGGGGCUUCCCGGAACCCUUUUUGGCCCAGGCUCGGUUGGCCUGGGAAGCCCAGCAAGCUCAUUACCACAUGAGACAGCGGAGCAGCUGGGACUCCCAGAAGGACGGCUCGGGCUACGAGAGCGACGGGGCCGUGCCUCUCCCCAUGCCGGGUCCGGUCGUGCGCGCCUUCAGCGAGGACGAGGCUCUGGCCCAGCAGGAGAACAAGCACUGGAAGCGUAGCACCUUCGAGAAGCUGGGCUUCCCGCAGAUCCUGCUGGAGAAGAGCGUGUCCGUGCAGACGAACCUGGCUUCGCCUGAACCCUACCUGCAUCCGUCCCAGUCGGAGGACCUUGGCGCCUGCGCACAGUUUGAGAGCAGCCGACAGAACAGGAAUAUGAUGCCUAGCACCAGCUGUGUCUUCCCCACCUUCAACCUGCGGAAGCCUUCCUCCGAGACGGACAUUGAGAACUGGGCCUCCAAGCACUUCAACAAGCACACUCAGGGCCUCUUUCGGCGCAAGGUCUCCAUUGCCAACAUGUUGGCCUGGAGCAGCGAGUCCAUCAAGAAGCCCAUGAUCAUGACCACCGACCGCAACGUCAAGAAGGAAGCCUGCGAGAUCUUCAAGCUGAUCCAGAUGUACAUGGGCGACCGGCGGGCCAAGACGGACCAACUCAACGUGGCUUUGGAGAUCGCCACCAAAGGCUGGAGCAUGCAGGGCCUCCGGGACGAACUGUACAUUCAGCUGUGCCGGCAGACCACCGAGAACUUCCGCUACGAGAGCCUAGCUCGGGGCUGGGAGCUCAUGUCGAUCUGCCUGGCCUUCUUCCCACCCACCCCCAAGUUCCACUCAUACCUAGAAGGAUACAUUUACAGGCACAUGGAUCCAGUGAACGACACGAAAGUUACUCAGCACAUUAAAGAACUCCUGGACAGGAACAGUAAGAAGAAGUCCAAAUUGAGAAAGAAACCCAAGCCCUAUAUCGAAGAACACGAUGGGGUGGCAAUAAGUACUUAUGCCAAGUAUUGUUACAGCAAGCUCCAGAAAGCAGCGUUGACCGGAGCCAAGAAGGGCCUGAAGAAGCCAAACAUCGAAGAGAUCCACCAUGCCAAGAACGCCGUCUUCAGCCCUUCCAUGUUCGGAAGCUCCCUGCAAGAGAUCAUGAACAUGCAGAAGGAGCGGUACCCGGACCGCCAGCUCCCCUGGGUGCAGACGAGGCUGUCGGAGGAAGUGUUGGCCCUCAACGGAGACCAGACCGAAGGGAUCUUCAGAGUCCCAGGAGACAUCGAUGAGGUCAACGCCCUGAAACUGCAAGUUGAUCAGUGGAAAAUACCCACUGGGUUGGAAGAUCCUCAUGUCCCAGCCUCCUUGCUGAAGCUCUGGUACCGGGAAUUGGAAGAGCCGCUGAUUCCCCACGACUUCUACGAACAGUGCAUCACUCACUACGAGAACCCCGAAGCUGCGAUCGCCGUCGUCCACUCCCUGCCCAGGAUCAACAAGAUGGUGCUUUGCUACCUCAUCCGUUUCCUCCAGGUGUUUGUGCAGCCAGGCAACGUGGCCGUCACCAAGAUGGACGUCAACAACUUGGCCAUGGUGAUGGCGCCCAACUGCCUGCGCUGCCAGUCGGACGACCCGCGGAUCAUUUUUGAGAACACCCGCAAGGAAAUGUCCUUCAUCCGGGUGCUGGUCCAACACCUGGACACGGGUUUUAUGGAGGGGGUCCUAUAGCACUGGUGCCGGCGGAACCAGCACGGAACAAAAUGGGACGUCGUCAACGACCCGCCACCCCCACCCCAAAGUCAAUCAGUCAACGAGAACUAUGCUGGACGCAGGAGAAGGAAACAUCCGUGGCGUGGCGUGGCCCGCUGCGGAGAGCAUGGCUGGACGCCUCUCCCCCUGCGGCCUGGACCAGGUCCACCCUAUCCGCCUCCCGCUGCCAUCGGGCGUUGCACAGGGACCCCGGGCGCUUCUGUUGUGGACCAAGCGGUGCUGCCCCGGAGCAGAACCUCCCUCUCGGGAGGCCUGCCAGCCCGGCCUUCGGAAGGAGCAGAGCUUCCGGCAGGACUAGGUUUUAAUCUGGAGAUCGCAAAGAGAGUCUGAAUUAAUGGGCAAACCUGGCAAGAUUCAGGUGGGCUAUGAAGUGAGGCAGGAGGGGAAGGGAGGCUCCCCCCCCAUUAAAUCUGCUUUGUGCUUUCCUGGGAAAGGGGCGCUAGAUAAAGGGGUAGGGGCAAAGGCAGCCGAGAGAAUGUUUGGAAUUGGCAAGCACCCCCCCGCCCCCAAACUGGGGUAAUUUUCAAGAUGGCAGCUGGAUCUCUUUGAGACCAGACGGGGGUGGCUUUGGAAGGGGUGGGGAGAGGCUGUAUGCGAUCCGUAGAGCCCAACAACACGGGCUUUGCGGAGAAGACGAGGGAGUCUGCCACCCAACCCCAUUAGUCCAGACCCUCUUGAGAAGGAAGUGGCUGUUGGACUCGUCGUCGUUGGGCAUCCAGGGGGAGGGGAGGUUGGAUCAGGCGUGGCCGGACCCUUUGCCCGUGGCCCGCCGGGCUCUUGGCGAGGGCCAGCAGCAUACAGACCUGGGUGUGAUUUUGUCACCGUCCUCUGUGACUUUCCCCCUUCCCUGUUCCAGCACAAUCACUGCCAGAAGGGGACAAGCCAUGCCCCCAAACCCUUUCUCCCCCCCCCCAUGCCCCACAAGUGGGGCCAGUUACGCUCUGAGCCCCAGCGGCGGGUGGCCGGGACGUUCAUCUGAGUUUGUUCGCCGGAAGCUUUGAUUGGCCUGGAUUUCCUUGCUCACCUCGCCAAGCCGUGCGCUGUACGCGAAUGACCUGUCAAACGGAGACGACCCCCACGCCCUCCUUUCCUCGCCUCCCCUGGAGUGGCUGGCUCAACGCGGGAGCCAUGGCUUUGAUCGGUGGGGGGCAGGAAAGCCAGGUGUGCCCCGGUGGCGCCCAUUGGGCCCCCGACCCACACCUGUGUGCUCUCCAUGUGGCGGAAGGCGUGGCGUUUCCCGUCACCGCGUUUCACCGUCCCGCGUCCAGACCCCCCGUCGUCUCCUGUGCUUUGCAAUUUGGCUUUAAAGACCUGCUGCAUCAGGCGCAGGAGAUUUUCCCCACGCGGGUUGAAGUUCGAGGCAGGCCAAGGCGAGUUUCCCAUUCGGCCUUGAACUGUACGGCAGGCAGAGACGACGUUUUCCCACGUCCUCAUUUCCGUGGGGUCCUUCCCCACAAAGAUUCUGGAACCUGUUGAAACGGGGGGCGAAGGGCCUACUUGGCACCCGCUUUCCUAAGGCCAGAAAUGUCAGAAACAUGUGAGAAGAAGUCCUUUCCUUCCAACCUCCCCCGCGCCCCCCAACAUUUCCCCCCAUUUUAGAUCUGCAUAAUAAUAUCUGUGCAGCGCUCUCGUUAUUAUUUCUCCCGUUCUUCUACCGGAGAACCGUUUGCUGUUGAUACUUGAGAUCAUAUCAGUUUCUGCCCAAACUUCCAAUUUGUUUUCCUCGGGAAAAUAACAUCAGAGGGCAGUGGGGGGGGGGGGGGAGACCUGUUUUUUCACCCCCUCUCCACCACCACUGCCACCCCAUCUCUACAAAAUGUUUGGGGGUGACCCUGAGGAGGACCUGCGUGGAAAAUGUUCCUUCCAGAUUUACACUCGACUCUCCCAACAACAGAAAAUCUCAUGUUAUGUAUAUGCCUAUACAAUCCGUGGGGUGGGGUGGGGUGGGGCAGUUUCAGAGGUCUGGCCGCUGUAGGGAGGCUCGUCUUGUGCUCACCCCAUACAGCGGGGCAGGGCGGGGAGAGCCGCUUGUGUGUCCCUGCAGAUGUUUUAGCCGACAACUCAUAUCAUCCCUGGCCAGCAGAGCCAAUGGUGAAGGAUCACCGCAAUUGUAGGCCAAAACACCUGAAGAGCCACCCCUUUGCCAGACAGGCUUGGUUGAUGAGAGUGGGGUGUGUGUGGGGGCUUUCUGUUAAACAGCCCCUCCCUCUUUUGGGUAGCCCAUACCACCGACCCAGAGAGCCGUGGCUUCAGUGCUCUUACACCAAGCUGGGGACUCACAAAGCCAACAUCUAGGAGCUCCUUCCUCCACGCUCCUCGCAGUGCUGGGGGGGGCAUCCUCCCUGGGGGGCGGAGGGUCAUGAGGAGGGCCUCCACUCCCCACCACAUGUUUCUCAGCCCAGCCCCCGCGUCCAUGAUCCCUUUCCCCUUGGCCUGGCGCAAUAUUCAGGAACGGGGUGACGGUGAAGAGCCAGGGAGUUGGCACUGGGCACACAGCGGGGGACACCCUUCCCGGGGUCCACAGCCUCCUAGGCCUUUGGGGCCGGCUUCUUCUGCCGCUCCGCCCUUGACGAGGCCAGAGAAGGGCCGUGGCUGCCUCCAGCGAGCGGCUCCCUGUGCUCCCGGGAAAUGGGGUCCUUCCCCGUGUUUCUUUUGCUGCGCGGCCAGGCCUGUCCCCGGCCACCUUGGGCCAUCGAGGUGCCCCUUGGAGGGUUUUCCGUUCCUGCCUAGGCGCUGAGCAGUUGCAGCUUGGGUGCUCAAAGUGGCUCUCCUUAGAAAGUGCCUUUGAUUCCCACAGGAAACACCCAGAGACGCAGCCACGCCCUCCCUCCGGCCAUUGGGCGCCGCUUCUUU